AUGAAGCUUGAUAAGAUUCUUCAAAAGGCUCAUAGCAUUGUGAUUCUUUGCCUCGGUGACAAAAUCUUGAGAGAAGUGCAGAAAGAGGAAACCUCUGCCGGUGUUUUUGCUAAGCUCGAUGAGCUGUAUAUGGCCAAAUCCCUAGCCAAUCGACUCUACAUGAAGCAAAGGGAGUGGUUUGAGGAACGAAGAGAGAAUACAACAUGGCUUGAUCGGUGCAACCACAAGAAAAGGGCUUCGAGAAAAUUAAUAUCAUCUUCUCUGUUAUCUUCGAGCUUCUUAUCCCCUUUCUCAACUGCAACUGCAAUUCCCAAUUCACAUUCCAACAAUUUCAAUGGCUGCCUCCUCUCUCUCCGCCACAUUCUCCGCUCUCUCCCUCAAUCCCCACCGCCACAGCCAACCCCUCCUAUUCUCCGCUUCCAAAACCCCCCUCUCUCUCCUCCUCAAAUCCCCCCAUCCCCUCCCGCCGGCAAAGGUAGCCUCCGGCGAUUUCGAGAUCCCCUUCCUGGAAGGCAAAAAUCGGCCGUCAAUGCGAGGAGGAAUAUCUUCGCCGUGCCGAUGACCAAAUACAAGACGUUUCCUCACAGAUCGGAGGCAGACUACGGUGCAGCUAGGGUGAUGCUAAGACCGGCCUCCCCUGGUACGGGUGUGAUCGCUGGGGGUGCAGUGAGGAUCGUUCUGGAGCUGGCUGGUGUUGAGAAUGCGUUGGGGAAGCAACUCGGGAGUAACAAUGCGCUGAACAACGCCCGGGCCACGGUAGUAGCCGUGCAGAAGAUGAGGCAGUUCAGUGAAGUCGCUGAGGAACGUGGCAUCCCCAUGGAAGAAUUGUGGAAGUGAUUUGGAUGAUUAGGAGGAAAGAAUUGUUGUUCAAGUGAUCAUUAAUUUUGUGUAUGUAGGUGCAUUUUCAUCACACUUUCUUCUUGUCUUGUGUUUAUGUAAUCUUGUUAAAUGGAUUGUUCUUGUUUCGAUAUUUCACUCGUGUAUAUCCAGAUAUAUGAAUUAUA